AUGAUCGGCAUGGGUUUUAUUGUGAUCCGAGCAGCUGAAAGAUCAAAAAAUUCGGUGAUCUCUCAUGGAAAAGAGAUUCCAUCCACUCUCGUAGUAAAGUCAAAUCGCUUCAACAUAAUCACGGCGAUUCGAGGAUUUUCGCAAUGUGAAUCCCGUUUUUUGGAGACUGUUGUGAAAUUGAAGGAAGAAGUAUUCUGCACUGUCCAACAAGCUCGAUACAAGGCCAAGUUUGCUGUUUUCAACACAAGGAAUGAAGAAAUACCAACAACAGUUUACACCGGCACUCAACAACUUUAUGCAUUGGUUAUUGUUUCUUUAUUGGUUCAGCACUUAGCACCUCAAGAUGAGCUCCAGUUGGUGUUGACGCUGAUCUUCGAUACGGGCACAAAAAGAUCAAAGUCCUUGCCUCCUUACCUCCAUACUUUUCUGCACAAGGCAAACCGAAGUCAGGUGCUGUGUAGCUUCAAGUCAAUGAAUCAUCCGCUGGAUUACACUGCUGAGGAAAAUGGCCAAGGGCGUCGCCGUAAAAAUGUUUCCUUGGUCGACGGCAUCUCACACUACACGGAAACGACAACUCGUAUGGAACAGAUUCACUUCAUCAACAAAUGGUCGAUUGAGCAAUUCAGCGUUCAACAAGAGCUUUGUCCCCCCGGUGAAUCGGUGGAAGGAAGUUGCUUCGGAUCGGGCCCUUACAAGUUUCAACUUCGACUCUAUCCAUCUGGAAAAGAUGAGGAUUGUAGUGGAUACAUUUCGCUUUAUUUGCUGAUUAAAGACUGUCCAUCAAGCCGUCUCUCCUUCAGAGUCAACUUUUCGCUGGAUACACUUGAUGGCCCAAGGAAUUGUGCGCUCAACAAGAAUGUCGUCACCAUCAAUCGCGGAGGAAUCGUCACUGCCAGCAAAUUCUUCUCUCUGGAUUCUUUGAAGUCACGCGGCAAUCGCUUGCUUCCCGACGAUACACUGACGGUGUCGGUUGAAUUGGUGGUGUUCGGCGAACUUCACAACGACAAAAGCGAAAUCGAAUUGUCUGACGUUGAUGAGGAACCCGCGGAGGCCACUGGACGACAAAAACAAUCUCUUACGAAUGCUUCUUUCUUCUUGAUGGAUCGUAAGCGCAAAAGUGCUUUAAGUGAUGGGAUGCAACAAGGAAUAGCCGUCCCCGAGGAUGAAUAUGAUGGUGGUUUCUCGUCACUUCUCGACUCGGGUGAACUGACCGACUUUUCAAUCAUUUGCGGAAACAAUGAAAUCAAGACUCAUCGUGCUGUGCUGUUCGCUCGAUCUGGAUAUUUUCAAGGAGUCUUUCGCAGUCAAUACUCAACUGAAAACCAAGCUUCAAAGGUGGAGCUGAAAGAUAUAGACCCGGAUGUGUUGACGGCUGUUGUAAACUAUAUGUACACUCUCAAUUGCCCACAAAUUUCGUCAAUGUCGUCUCGUAUUGCGCGAGCUGCUGAUAGAUUUAUUAUGCCUGGAUUGAAGUCCCGAUGUGAAGCAUUUCUCCUCAACGAUGUCUCUGCGCACAACGUUUCCGAACGCCUGAAGACCGCCUAUGAGCUUCAGAUGAAUAAGCUUAAACGCAAAACCGUUGGCUACUUUGCUCGCAACCGAGAGGAAGUCGUCAAAACUGAGGAAUGGAAAGAUCUUCGACGCUUGGACCCCGAAUUGUCUGGACAAAUUGUGGAGGAUGCCUGGAAGCUGGCCGAAAACAACAAAUAUCCAUCGGUGAAGCGUCGCCGUGCUAGCGAGACGGAUAUU